AUGUCGACGAACAAGAUGGAACUUGAUUUUGAUGUGUACGAGAAUAGGAGACUUUUAUCCAGCAAAGAUCCGGACUUAGAGCUGUUCUGGAUGUGUGAUGACGCAAUAACGCCAGACUUAGUUGGAUCAACCGCGAAUCUACCUUCGAAUAGCAUCAAUGUCAAUGAACUACCGGAGAUUCUUAGUGAAGCUCAGCUGCCUAAACAUGUACUCUCGAAAAUCAGGAAUUGUGACUCGUGGAUCAAACAUGUCAUGAAGGAAACAAACUCCGAAGGCGAGCUGUCUUUUUAUGUGCUUGAAAGGUAUGCGUGCAAAAAAUGGUUAAGAUGGAGGCUAUCGCGGGUCGAUAUUCUAUCUUUGAAUGAUACCACAGAAUAUCGAAAGAAGGAUAACGAACAAUACCCCAGUAAUAUCCGAGAGUGGGAGAGAAAGAAAAACAUUCAACUUUUGGGUUUGUGGAAUGAAGACCCUGCGGGCCAUAUUGUCGAAGAUAAUGAAAUAGCUGGUAAACUUGACCUCAAACCACCAAACAAGUCUCAAGUUACCACGUGGAAUAAAAAGAGGAUGGUUAAAAAGGUUGGCUUUGAGAAUCCUAAGCAAUAUUUAAUACGAAAAUACUAUGAGAACGUUUUCGCGCUUUCCCUGCCCAUCGCGUAUUUUGUAAAAUCAGCGAUGGUCAAAGUGAGAAAUUUCUGUCAAAGUGCGAGCACCAGCCCUGAGAGUGACUUGAGCCUACAAGUGGUCUUGUCUCGCAUGACUUUAACUAUAGAUGAAUUCGAUAUGCGGCAUGACACUGCAGGACAUGAUCUCGUAGCAUCUAGCCUUGGCUCGCCCAUGAUAGAAGAGCAACGGCGGAAAGCUUUGGCUAGUAUCGGUAUAAGCGCGAAGCCACCAAAACCAGUAAUUUUGGCUUUGUCAGAUGUGAUCAAGGCAAAAGAAAUUAAGUUACAGAUUAUUUUAUUACUGGAGUUGAUUGACAUUAACAGGAUGGAUACCCAGUUCGACAAUUUCGAGGUCAAGUAUAAAAAAAGAAUGGAAAUGAGAGCGAGGAACGUUGCAAAGCUGAGACGAAUUCGAGUGGGGAAGGGGAAGAAAACCCGACAUCGAGCAGACAGAAUGAAACUCGAUUUUUGUGAAAGGGUCGACAUUUUUGUUGACAAACUUUGCAUUAUUGAUAGCAUGCUUAGCACCGAAAUCAUGGGCGAACAUUUGCCUGGCGACGACGACACGAUUGUCGGGGAUGUAUUGGACACGUUGAAAGAACACACGAAGAGCAUGGCAGAUCCGACUAAAGAACCAUCAUCUCAAGGUUUUCUCACAUGCGUUUUGAUUCCAUAUUACGCUCAGAGAACUCCUAAUGCCGUGAGCUUUAUCCGACAAAAAAUCAAAGGCUUGAGUUUCAACUCAAACAGAAAACUAGGGAGAUCGAGAUCUGCAAUCGCGGAGCGUUCGUUCAAACAUGAGGAUGGCUCGCUGCGAGGUAGUCUGGUUCGGUCAGCGUCUUCAUUUUCCGGCAUGGAAGCUCACGAUACCACGUCCGACGUUUCUGGCGAUGUCUCGCGCAGAUCGUCGCUGCCGCAAAACCCACCUAUGCUAGAACGUAAAUCGCAAUCGCAGUUAGGCGAGCUUCUUCAGCUGGAUAAUUCUUCUUCGAUAAAGCCCAUCAAGGCGAAUCGUGCGGGCUCCGAUGUUUUGCUCACGAGGCUUCAGAAGCGUCAGUUGUCAGUGACGGAUCUGGUUUCUGAAAGCCAAGAGCUUGACAAGACAAACUCACUGGGAGUUAGAGAGGGCCUUGUUAACAGUAGAGCUCAAGUGAAGCGAUCUGAGACCAUGUCAUUUCAGCGCGUAGGGAAGCGUCAAUCUGUCAAGAAGAGAGCGUUUUUGAUUGAGGAACCUGCUGCAAUUCAAGUUCAAGCAACACCUUUCAAACCAGGAGGACCUGUCGGUGGGACUAAACCCGGUAAGAAACUAACGGUUGUUGAGUCACCACUUGUUUCUCUGACAAGGGACGAAGAUUCUCCAGGCGAAAGGGCCCCAAUAAUAGGGACGGCACCUGCGACCCCUGGCUGCCAAGCUCAGACAACUCGAGACAUGAUUGAAGUUCCUGGAACCGGAAUAAAAGCGGCAAAUUGGGUAAUAGCGUCACCUCAACUUCCCGCCAAAAAACGUGUCCGCAGGCGUUUGUUCGGGUCCAUCGAAUGA